GACCUGCCCUCAUCAAAGAUGGCGGUCGGAAGUGCCCCUUGUUCCUAGGCUCCCACCCUUCGCUCCGCGCCGGGGUGCCGGGGUUCGCGUCCGAGAUGGCGGCGGCCGAGCUGGAGUACGAGUCCGUCCUCUGCGUGAAGCCCGAUGUCAACGUGUACCGCAUCCCGCCGCGCACCUCCAACCGCGGAUACAGGGCAUCUGACUGGAAACUGGACCAUCCGGACUGGACAGGGCGACUUCGUGUCACCUCCAAAGGCAAAACUGCAUAUAUAAAACUAGAAGAUAAGGUUUCAGGGGAACUAUUUGCUCAGGCUCCCAUAGACCAAUAUCCUGGCAUUGCAGUGGAGACGGUGACAGAUUCCAGCCGUUACUUUGUGAUUCGGAUUCAGGAUGGGACUGGACGAAGUGCAUUUAUAGGCAUUGGUUUCACGGACCGUGGUGAUGCCUUUGACUUCAACGUAUCUUUGCAGGAUCACUUCAAGUGGGUGAAGCAGGAGACUGAGAUCUCCAGGGAGUCUCAGGAAGCUGACACACGUCCCAAAUUAGAUUUAGGGUUCAAGGAAGGGCAGACCAUCAAACUGAACAUUGGGAACAUGACGACAAAGAAAGGAGGAGUAGCCAAGCCUCGUGUGUCUGGAUCAGGGGGCUUAAGCCUGCUUCCACCCCCACCAGGAGGCAAAAUUGCAGUCCCUCCCAUCCCUCCUCCUUCUUCCACGGCCAUUGCCAACCAAGUCACACCACCACCGGUGCUGAAAUCCAGUAAUGCAAGCAGUGCAGAUAUCCUGUUAGACUUAGAUGCUCCUGUGUCUGCAUCCAAGGCACCAGCAUCAGCUACCGCAGACCUCUGGGGAGAUUUCAGCACUGCAUCCAGUGCUGUUCCUAAUCAGGCUCCUCAACAGUCCAACUGGGUCCAGUUCUGAAUGGUCAAAGCAGUGGAAUGGAACAAACUGAUGACCAAGAGGCUCUAGAGGCACCAGAUGGAAUCACAGGGGGCACAAACCUCUCUAGUCUUCAAUCAGAAACAAGUCAGGACAAUCCUUCUUUUUUAAGCCAGGUCUUCACUUCAGUCAAAACUUACUAUUUUUGACCCCACAUUGAAACUACUGAACCUAAAGAGAACGUACUGACUCCUCACAAGGUGGGCAAGGAGGAGAGGGAGCCUCAUUUCUUCUACCUACUUGGCUGUUGCAUGCUACAUCCUAGUUCUUCUUCCCCACCUUUUCAUACAGGGAAAGCAAGAAUCCUGAGGAAGGUGGGUACAGGAGGAGGCUGGGUAGGUGCCUCUGGGUUCUUUGUCCUUUUUUUUUUUUCCCUGUUGCUUUUUGCAGUUACUUUCAAUAGCAGCUCAAGUCACUGCAUCUUGGCCUACAGUGCUGAGGGCUGCAGCAUUUGGCUAGAGCUUGUAAAUGGAAUCUGUGAGGAGAUAAGUCAUGUUUCUCCUAAAUCUCAACACAAAAUCCUGUUAGAUUAAUUAUGUCUGUGGUGAGGAGUGAACCUCCCCAUGCAUGCACUAGUAUUCCUUUCUUUGGUGCAAUUCUUUAUAGUGCUGGGUGUUCCUGUGCUCUUAAGGGAGGAGUCAUGCAAGUCCUUGAGUAGAUCUGCUGCCACUAUGCUGUAACUGCAGCUGGGCACCCCAUCGUGAGACUCCUUGUUUGGCUUGUAGGUUCACUGGAAAAAGUUCUCUCACUCCUCCCUUCUCCCCUGUUCCUUCAUGCAAAGGCCUCAUUGUCCUUGAGCUGUUUAACUGGAAAUAGCUUUAAAAAAGAAAAAAGAGCCUGUCUUUAUAAUUUGGUAGUUACUUGCACUAGAUGACAUCCAGGUAGUCCCACCGUUCAGCGUUUCAUGUUCCUGCAUCACUAUCCUGAGCCCUGGACUUGUAUCUGUCCAGCAGUACUUGUCGUGACUCUGCACUGUGUUACAAGUAUUGUGUAUUCAUGCCACAGUGAGAGCUGUGGUGAGACAGUGGGUUAUUCUCCAGUGAAGGGACAGUCACUCUCCCCUUUUCAGCUGUCACAUAUCAUUUGGGCAAGAAAUGUAUAGUAGGCUCAAUCUUGAGAACUGUGACGGCCAAAAUAUCCCACCUGGGUUCCUUGUGGCUUUUAUUCUAGGAAUAACUUUCUAGGGAUGUGAGCUGGUUCCUGUAACUUGGAAGCUUAUUUUUUAUUUUUUUAAUAUGUCCUGAAAAUCCUCUACUUCCUGUGUGGUUUAGGGAAUUAGAGGUAGAAGGCCCUUACUCUCUCCUGUUCCUUUUGGGAGAGUUUCUGAAGGCCCUUUGAUGUAGACACUAUUCCAACUUCAGCAGCUGUGGAUGUCAUCUGGGUUGUAAGUCUGCUGAUAACCCUGGGCAAAGCCUGUGGGCAGGCUAGAAACUUCACAAGCCCUUCCAUGCUAGCUGAUAAGCCAAAACACUAGUCAGGAAGAUGGUUUCAAUGACCAUUUUAUAGUACCUAGUUACUAGAACCCUAGCAUUUUGGUACUUCUCUAGACGACUUCUUCCCAUUUUCAACAUUCAGCCAGCAGCAACACUUUUGAAACUGGGAUAUUCUCUGCUAGCACACCUGUGCAAGUAAAUUUUGCCCUUUGGGACUAAGAUUUCCUCAUGAGGAUUUUAAAAGAGUAGUAAGUUGUAUGUACCUUGCACUUGCUAAGCUCUGUCAUCUGUUUUGUCUUCUUGCUACAAUGAGGGCAUUUUGGGGACUAAGUUUGACCUAGAUCAUCACUCCGCGAAGCAAAACUUUUUUGAAAAUAGCUCUCAAGCUGCUGCAGUUCCACUUGUGGAAGUAGGGACCAGACUGCUCUUGGAUGUAUUUUAAGUAGUCAUUUAAUCCUGAUCCCCUGGCUCUCUUGGUGUUCCCCUGCUUCCCCCUACCUUCACAGUUGCUCCUGCAGUUUCAUUGUACUUAAGCUCUCUGUCUCCUCAGAAUCUGUGGGUGGCCAUAGUCUGCUAGCUAAGCCAUGGACUCUGCUGGUUGGCUUUUUUUUUUUUUCUCCUCUCUUAUAUUGUCAGGUCCUGUCAUUUCAACUACACGUCAGUUCCCCAAACUGAGGAAGUUCAUAGCACCAAUUAAAAACUAACUAGGAGCCUCUUCUGUGUUGUCUUAGUUAGUACUCUGAAGAUAAUAUAUUAUGUAUUUGAAAAGCUAAAGAAGCAAAGAUUAAAGAUACAUGUAUAUAAAGCAUAAAAUGUACUGGUGAAAUGGCAAUUAAACAAGUAAUGUUGGGGAAAAGAA